AAAUGCGAUCUAAAAAAGCUUUUCUAUCGCCGUUUUUCAAUCUUAAACUUUUAAAAUGUGUUCUAAAAAUCUUUUCUAUCGCCGUUUUUCAUUUUUAAAUUUUUAAAACGCGAUCUAAAAAAGCUUUUAUUUUUAAAGUUUUAAGUAAAGUGAGUAAAAACAAUAAACCUUUGUUAAAUUUUAUUUUCGUUCGUGGAUCUCUUGACGACUGUAGCAAUUAAAUACAACAAUGGGACACACACUGUUCACAUGAGCUAAUUAAAUUUCGCGAUCAAGACAUGAACUCUAUUGUUUUCAACAUGCAAAAAUAGCUCAUGUAUUUAACAAUAGGUUAACAAUAACAACGAAAGUUCUAAGGCUACCGAAAGCUCAUGCGAAGGUGAUAACUAUCGCGUACAUGUAAAGUUACACGCAGGCGGUACUGUAUGGCACCAACAGAUUGCUCCUUUCAUGUGUGCAUAGGGCACAUCACAACAACAAAGUAAUUAUUAUAUUAAUAUAUAAACCAUGGUUCUCAUUAAAUAAAUGGCUCCUCAUGAGAUAACCGAGUUCUCUGUUUCUAGCAACAACAAUUUUCGUUAUUGCUCGUUCCAAUACUGUCCCAUUCAGACCAAUUUUCAACUUGACAUUUUAAACAAAACCCUCGUCAUCGGGAUACGUAUCAACAAUUAUUGCCAUUGGCCAAUGGUUCCAAACUUCGAACAAAACAUCCUUCAGUAGUACUAUGUCGCCAACACCUAAUAUUUGCUUCGUCAUGUUCCAUCGACUUUUUUUUGAGUGACACGAGAAACUCCUUUCGCCAAUGACUCCAAAAUUCAUUGGCAAUAUACUGAACUUUUCGGCAUCUACGACUGGAAUAGAGAUCAGGUGAGACAAUUUUUCCUGUUGGUGGUACGACCACUUUCGGCUUCAUCGUUAAAAUAUUCGAAGAUGGCAACAGCAAUCAUCAAUGUGUUCAGGGAUUCGUCAUCUAGCUUGUGGCUCCUUAUUUUUAGCAGGGAUGUUAGGAUUAAUCUAGCUGUUCUUAUUUGGUGCUCCCAAACGCCACCCAUGUGACUAGAUGCAGGUGUAUUGAAUUCCCAUUUCCAAUCUGCUCCAAGGUCGUGCAGAAAAAAGCGAAUCUUAUCAUGAUUCAUUUCAGCAAUUGCUUUUUUUAAUUCAUUGUUUGCACUUACAAAAUUACAGUACUGUAAAAAGGUUUGUUAACAUUGUGGUUCGUGUUUGUUUCCUGUUACGCACGAACCACGAUAGCCCAUGAUGCGUAUUUUUUUAACAAUCGUGGACCUCAUGAUCAUGUUUCGUGGACUACACGAACAAAAAUUAAACAUUACACCGUGCAUCCAUGAUAGAUAACUUCUAUUGUAAAAUAACAAAGACCGUAUUAGUUCAUCACUUAAAUCAAAAACCGAUGGCAAAAAAAAUAAAUUAACAGUUUUUGUUUUAAUUCGUUGUCAUAAAGCUAGCUAAAUCAUAGAUUUUAAUCGUUCGUGAAUCAAAAUGCGAUGCAAAAAAACAUUUCUAUCGCUGCGUUUUGUUUAUAAACUUUUAAAAUGAAAUCUAAAAGAGCAUUUCUAUCGCCGCUAUUCUUUUUUAAACUUUUAAGAUGCGAUCUUAAAAAGCAUUUCUAUCGCUGCUCUUCGUUCUUAAAAUUUUAAAAUGCAAUCUAAAAAAGCAUUUCUAUCGCCACAGACAAAUUUAACUUUUCUAGACAAAUGACAUUUCGUAAAAAUACAAUCUCGCCCAUGACGAAAAAGUAUACACCAAACAAAAACUACGAAUAUGCUUUUUUAACUUGACAAACAAAUUAAAUUUAACGAAAAAAUUCUUUGAAAAGAAAGAAAAUUAAAUUAUACUGGCUAUCAAAAUCGUGGAGCUUGUGAAAAUAAUCGUGGGACACACAAUCUUUCGUGGAGAUAAUAAUAUUAGUGUGGUGGCCACGAUAAAAUUACACAUACAGACCACGAUUUUAUCGUGGUUCGUGUGCACCACGCUUGUUACACGAAUACAAUGUUAACAAACCUUUUCACAGUACUGUGCUUCCAUUAUCAGAUCGUAUAUAACAUACGUUUCCUCUUCUUCCAAUAAAUCUGCGCAAUGCGAGGAUGAAGGUGUCUCUUCCUAAACUGGGCUGGUUAGACAGGUGAACAUCACGCCAUACCUUUGCAAUUCAUUGCAUCUUUGUUUUAUCAUAAAGGGUCAAAACAGUCUAAACCAACAUAAGUGAAUGGGGGGGCCUCUAUUAACCUUUCUUUGGGCAAGUCAGCCAUCUUUUGUUUUCCAACUUUGCCUCUCAAAUGCCUACACAUUGCACAAACAUAAAUUACUUUUCGUACCAAUGAAUUUAGGCUAACCAUCCAAUAUCUGUAAUUUCUUAUUUCUUUUGUUGUUAGGCCUCUGCCAGCGUCUAGAUGAUUGGAUGUAUACAGUUGUCGUCUAUUUCUAAUUUUCUUAAUCUGCCUACAACCUUAAGUAAUCCGUCAAUAUCAAGGAAUGGGUCUAGUUUAACGUUUUUACUUUGUAGACUGACAACAUUUUGGACUUCAACUCUUUAAUUUUGGUUCAGAAGGAUCUUUCUUGUACCAUCUUAAUCAACUGUGUUUCCGCCAACUUAAUUUUCUCAAUGCUUAAUGUUGUACAGUGACAAAGUCUUUCUUUUCUUUUCAUUCAAAGCAAUUCACGAAUAUGAUGAUCCAAGCUAAUACUCGUUUUAUUCUGGUCCAGCUGGAUAUGCGGUCUUCCAAUCUGUUAAUCAACUUGUCCUCUACCACUGUGGUGUAAGCUUAAGUUUUUCUGACUUUGAGGUCAUUCUCCUCAAUGGUCGCUGACUAGUCUAGGUGAUUCAAGGUGUUUUCAUUUUCCCACAUGAAUUUCGGGCCAUUUAACCAUGUUGUUACCUCAACUGCCUUGGAGGCAUCUGAGCCCCUUGAUGCUAUGUCUGAUGGAUUAUUGAUCGAUUUAACGUAUCUCCAAUCUUCAAUUAUGCUAUGGUUGUGUAUCAAAAAUAAAACUUUGAAAGCCUUGAGCUGCAAAAUCUUAUUCUGAGAAAAUGCAAAAACUGCCAAAAUAAAUUCUUCAAUAUUCUUAGAUUUUUUUCAUGUAUCCGAAAUUUAUUUCCUCGAAACCUGAUUUUAAGGCAUGAGUAUACGAAAAAAUGGUUUGUUUUUUUUAAAAAAUUUUUUUUUUCAGUGAUUAGAUAGCAAAAGAUCUGGGCUUUAAAAUGGUGCAAAAAUAUUUUUAAAAAAAUGUAUUUAAAAUAGAUUAUUAUCCCAAAAAAGUUUUUUUUUCAUAAAUUACUUUUUUGUUAUGCGAUAAAGAUCAAAUAUUUGUUCACACAUAAUCAUCUUGGGUAUUAAUUUUUACUACUCAAUUAUGUUCAAGGUUAUAAAUGAUAGCCGACUCAAAGAGGGAAAUGAUUUUCGUAUGUAGUUAAAAGAUUCUUUUGAAGUUUUUCUCCUAUUUUCCAUAAGGAUAUUUUUUUUUCUUUUUUGUCUUCCUAAGUUGAAUUACCGUGAAAACAUGGCAAAACCAGUUUACAAGUUAACAGCGAAUAAAAAUGUCCUAUCGUCAUAAAGUUUUAUAUCAUCAAAAAAAAGAAGAAAAUCCAAAACAAAAAUAUUAGACUCGCCAGCUAAAAGGAGAUUAAGGCAAAAGGUUUCUACUGCUGAUCGCCAACCUAGCACUAGUCGAAAAAAAUUGUAGACGCUGUGUCAUUCAGCGAUAGCGAUGAGAGCGAUGACGAAUACACAAACUUUCCGCCGUGCAACUGGAUCGUUGAUUUAAAUCUAUUGACAGAUUGUUUAAAAAGAUCCUCCGUUUGCAAAAUCUGUCACAGCCAAGUAACCAUAAAGGAGCAUAAAGACUUUCGAGCUGGACUGGGAACGAAGUUUAUUUUGCAAUGUAACAAUGAAACAUGCGACAUGGCGGAAGAUUGUUUCACCACUCCAAAGACGAGAAAAAUAUUCGAAGUUAAUUGAAAAAGUGUUCUUGCUUGUUGCCUAGCUGGUAAAGGACGAAGAGGUCUCUCAAAGAUAUGUAGUGUUCUAGGACUUUCAUCUCCGAUAGGAAAAAAUCGCUAUGUAGAACAUGUAAAAUUUUGGGAAGAAAAGGCAUUAGAACUGCGCGAAGAAAAUUAAAAAAUGGCUGCUGAACGAGCCAGAGAUUUAGCAAGAGAAGAGUAUGGUUGUACAGAAACUGUAAUGGAUAUCCCAACAUCGGCACAAGUUUUGGAUGUGACACUCAAGUCACGUGUUUGCAAACAAUGCAAGGCAAUGACGGAGAAAAGGGAAAAUGGAUCCAUGGAAACUAUCGAUUUUCUAGAUUGGUUUGUAGAACACGAACCGAAUUGCUUUAAAAACAACUUCGCAAGCCCACAGAAAAUGGAAUGUGAUGGUAUAUUAGAUCUUUAUAAACGCUCAAUUGAAAAGCACAACAUCCGCUACAAUCCAUAUAUUGGAGAUGGAGACAGUAGCGCAUUUUCCAACGUGGACAAAGAACGACCUUACUGCGCUACAUGUUUUGUUGCGAAGGAGGAGUGUGUCAACCAUGUUACAAAGAGAAUGGGGACUAAUUUACGAAAGCUUGUGAAAGACAUGAAAGGAAAAAAGUUAGACGACGGUAAAGGUAUUGGUGGAAAAGGUUGCCUUACAUUAGCUAGAAUCGACGUGAUGCAGAAUUUUUAUGGACGAACUAUUUGUAAUAAUAAAGGGAACGCCGAAAAAUGUCCACUGAAACUUGGGCAAUUUUAAAACGUUACGCAAGCACUCUGGAACAUCCACAACACGAAAAUUGCCCUACGGGGGAGAGCAGCUGGUGUAGCUAUCAACGUGACAUAGCUAAUGGGACAAACACUUAUAAACCAAUUAAAUCUCCUUUCUCCCAAGCUUUAGUGGAAUGUGUGACACCUAUUUUUAAGAGAUUGGCUGACGUUAAUUUUUUAGAAGGGUGUAAAAAUGCAUGUAACCAGAACGCAAACAAGUGUUUUAAUAGUGUUCUUUGGAAUAUCUGUCCAAAAGAACAGUAUAUCUCGCCGAUGGAGAUGUCACUGGGUUUAAGUUUGAGUGUUUGCUCAUAUAAUUCCCGAUUGAAAUAUACCUUAUCUAAUCUUUUGGGAUUACCAAACAUGCAACCUCACACAUCCUCAAUCAGUCAGUGGCAUCAAAUGGAUAAAGAACGAGUGGAAAGCCGAGAUAGUGCAGUUCGUGCAGAAAGCAAACUGAGAAGGAAAAAAGGAAACACAGAGAAGUAAAGUGACAAGACGCCUUCCAAAAGAACUAAGGUGCACAAUAUAAGCCACAGGGGUUUCACCUGAUACAACAAAAAUAAUUUUUAUAAAGUCUUUUGUUUUACAUAUUUUGUAAAUAUUUUGUAUAUACAUGUUUUUAUUCUUCUACAAAAGGUAUGUUUAAACUGUCACAAAAUUCUUUCAUUGUAACUUCAUAUACGUCUUUCCGUAUUUCUCCCGUUAUAUCACCAGGAGCAACUUCUCGAAUGAAGUCCAACACUGUUUUAGGGUAAGCAUACUGGCCCGCACACAAACUUAAUUCUUUUCUGUACAUACAUCUUGCCCAUAAACAAUAAUGAAAAUAACGAAUUUGUUUAUUUCCUUUUCCUCUUUUUUUCCUCGAAGAAGUAGAGUCUUCUAUGCUGCUAACGAAGAGUGUGCCAUCAUAACUAGAAAAGUUAACAAAAUAAUUUUAAUAAAAAAUAAAUAAAAAAAAUUAUGAUAUAUUUAUAGCUACUUACCCACAGUCACUCAUCUCCGUUAACAUACUUCUUUUUUCCUUUCAAGUUCGGGUUUUUCGUGAUUUUUGUUUCUAGAGUUUGUUUUUGUUUUACCCAUACUUAACUGUGUAUAAUUGCGAAUGGGAGCGAACACAUGCAGCAUAAACAGAAGAUGUGAAAAAAACCUGUUAGCAAAUAGUUGUUACCAUAGUGAUCAAUUAUUAUGCAAAAGUAUAAGAUUUCUGUAAGAAACUUAAAAGCUCUUUUUCACAGUGUUAAAUUUUUAAGAGAGUAUCACUAACGUUUUAAAUUUCUUUUACAAAACUAUAAAGGAUGUGGGGUGGAGUGCACGCUUAGAGUGGAGAGGAAUGUUUGAUUUAAAAAAGCUUUUUUUUAUUUCUUGAGAAUGAGCAGAACGCGAGUUAUGAUGAGUUUUCUGACAAUUAGAGGUUAAAAAUUGUGGAAAAAAAUUAAAUACUAAAUAACUCCAAAAGUCAAAAAAAUUAUGAAAAAAUUAAAAAAGCGUUUUUAGAUCAAUGUCUUGUGAUCACAAAAAAGCAAACAGCAAACUUGAGAAAUUAGUAGUUUUGUAAAAGAGAUCGCAUUUGUAGGAGAGGGGUCAUUUUUUUUUUUCGUGUCUAUUAAACCUUCAAAUUUUAUUUUUUCUUAAUAAUUUCUAUACCAUUAUAUAGGUAAUCAUAUAGGCUUUCUAAAAAUAUAUACAUUAGUAUAUCAAAAUAAAGUUUUGGUGAAUUAUUAGCAUUUUAAAAUAUCACACACCUUUUUUGUAUACUCACGCCUUAAAUUUUUAAAAUAAGAAAUUCUAACGAAAAGUAGAUUUCUCAUAAAAUCCAUUAAUCUUUAUCAAGCGCAAACAUUUCACAAAACUGCAAAAAUCUCAUUCCUCUCCUGUUCAUUUUUGACAAUAAAGUGAACAAAAUGACAUAUUUUUCCCAAAACAAUUUCCAAACUGUGGUUUUUUGACAUUUCAUGUAAAAUUUGUUGAAACUGAAAGAACUGCUUUUUGUUGAUUCAGAAUUACUCUGCACAACCAUUCUUUUCGACAUUUUGUGUAAACCUUCAUUUUAUUACCAUGUUCAAAACACUAAAAGACCUAUUUUUCUUGUUUCAAUUAACUCUGCCUUUUUAUGUUUUUUGACAUUUUGGAUUAAAAUAUUGGUAAAUUGCAUAUGCAAUGAAUAUAAUAACAAAAUGAUUGAAUUUUGCAAAUCUCUUUUCAUUUGCUCAUUUUUCCAUUUUGUGUAAUCUGUUGUGGGAGAGGAUGAAAUACCUGAUUUAAGUUCAUUUUUAUUUCACAGGUUGCGGUUUUAAAACUUUCCGGUAAAAAUGUUGUAGAAGACAAUGACAUGAAACAUGAUUUUUAUUGUUUUAAAUGUUAUGACUGAAACUGUUGACAUUUCAUAAACUUUUGUGAUGGAGGACAAUGUGAUCCUCUCUAGGAAAAUGUCCACUUUUAUUUCAAAAGCGUCUCAAUUCCUAUUUUUAAAACAAUAGAAUUUGGUAUAACGAAAUACGGUGAUUUUUAAGUUUCAAAGGGAUGUUUAUUUUUGUUUUAGAUCGAAAUAUGGUGAUUAUUUAUCUUUGAAGGACACUUUCUCAUUGUUUUCGAGACAAAUACCGCUAUUUGUAUGCUGAAAUAUAGCAAUGUGUUAGCUUCAUACGGUCUUAUUAGAAAUAAUUACGCCAUCUUUAAAGCUUUGUGCGAAGCCACUUUCAUAAGUUUACAACGAAGUAUUUAUAAAAAUAGUGUUUUUAUUGAUAAAUAAUACAAUAAGUGUUUUUAUUGUUUUAACAUGAGCAGUCCUUAUCAUAUAAAUAAAGGAGGUGAGUGGUGACUCGCACGCCUAAGCAUCAAUUUACAAAUGCAAGGCAUGUGAUUUACUGCAACUCCAAAUUAUCAAGGCGUGCAAAGCCGUGCAUGUUAUAGGUGAGAUAAACAAUAGAGUGUGGAAUUGCUGUUGUUGCUGAUAUAGUUUGGUUGAGUGAUUGUUAAUCUCCCAAUCAAGAUUCUUAAUGUUAUAUGCUGUUGGAGACAGCCCUUGUUUGUAUUGACUAUUGCUGUGGAAAACAGCUUCCGUUGAUAUUGAUUAUUGUUAUCUUGUUUAUUUAUAUUGGUUGUAUAUUAAGACUUGUA